AGUUAUUUGCUCUUAGCACAUUUGCUAGUUGUAAUUAGCCUCGCUGUUCGGCAGGGUUCAAAUCUCAACAUGUUUUAGCAUAACUACUCUGAGUUAGACUGAAUGUUUAUUUUGUGUGUGUACUUUUAUGCUAAAAAACGUAACUUGAAAGUACAGAGGUGGGGGUGUUCUACGCAAAACUAAUUUAAUGUGAUGCAACUCCACUGUGCUAAUCAUUGUGAGCUGCAGCCGGUGAAGCCAUUUUUUCCAGUUUUCUCAUGCUGCUUACUGGCGACAUAAUAUAAAACGCAUAAUAUCCUGACAGCGCUAAGAAUCCAUCAGGUGUCAUUUCUCUUAAAAAAGCAAAAAAAGCAAUUUGUGUCUGUAGGAACAUUGCACGGUGUUCUAGCUAGCGGUUGAUCGCCAUGCACUGGGCCGGGCUGAGACGCCCUCGGGCUGGGCUGAGGAUUUCACAGCUUCACUUUCGGAGCUCUGCUGUCACUGCAUUUAGUAGCCUGCCCCACAGACUCCGCCCCGGCUAGAUCGCUUCUUGCCCUGUAUUAUUUCUCUGCAAUUUGCAAUCUACCACAGCGCACGGACAGUUCACAAUGUGCAAGUUUGAUCUCCCUAUGAUCGUCCGCGCCCUUGAUUUCACCGGCUGCAGAAAUCGAAAUGACAAUCGGCAUGAACGCGAGGAGAAGAAAGAGGAAAAAUUAAGAUCAAAUGAACAUUUCAGGCAUAAUUUAACAGGAGUGGAUCAUUACUGACAAGUUUUUCCACGCCUCCACUGUUCUGUGCUAUUGUCAUGGCAAGUUCAAAACCUGCAAGACUGAAGGUGAUUCUAGGAGAGAGCAACACUGAAAAACUGACUCUUCCAAAUGGCAUACCAGACUCUCUGGAUGAGCUUCUCAGCAAGGUGAAGGAUACCUUUGGUUUAAAGACCAAUGUCAGAUUGCAAUAUAUGGACAAAGACUUUGGUAAUGACUUCUUCAACCUCAGCUCAACUUCUGACCUUGAGGACUUGGGAACAGUCAAGGUGAUUCAAGAAAAAGCCAUUCAAACUUUUGUUGAUGUCAUUGAAACAGCUCCAUCUUCUUCUACAGUUCACUCUGACGACAGCAGUUCUUUAGCCUUAAAUGACACUAUAAUCCUCUCCUCCCCUGAAUCCUUGUCAUCACGAACACAACAAUGGCCAGCCAACUUUCUCAUUCCCAUGUUUUCAUAUGACACUGAACGUCAGCUAGAGAAGGGGAAUUCUGAGUAUCAAGCAAACAACAAAAUGUUGACAGUCACCUCCCGAAUGAAGACUGACAUCCUAAAUAGAUUAGUAGAAGAGAUCUACAGAUACAGAGCCUACCCAGAGGAUGCACAGUUCUGUGUAGUUGCAGAGGCCUUGGUUAAAAACAUCCGUGUUUAAAAGAGCCCGGUUCAUUCAAUGGUUGCUACGGUUGGAAGCAAAGGCUGAAGUACAAAAUGGGAAACUACAGGACUCUACUCAAAUCACAAGGAUGUCCAGAGUUCUCUGUAAACUCACUUAAAUCCAAAGCUACUAUUUCUGUUUUUCCCACUGCAAAAAUAAAGAAGCCAAGACGAGCUGAAUCCAACUUUUAUCCAUUCUUUCCAUUGGGAGAAACACAAGAAAGCAUGGAAAAAGAGAGAAUUGAACUCUUGACAGCAAUCAAAAGGAGGAACAAUGACAGGGUCAUUGCGGACAAAAUGGCUCGUACCUUUGCCUACAGGCGUCAGGAGGUGGUGAAUGAAGAACCUGGUAUAGAGGAUUUCAGGGACAGAUGGCCUGCUCUGUUCCAACAGAAAGAGAUUAAUGCGGAGUUCCAGAGGCUCAUUGCUCUUCCCCUUGAGCAGACUUUCUUGGCCCAGUUGGACAGGCACUCAAGUCAGCUGAUUAAAGUCAUCCAGGCCAAAGGAGGAGCAACACGUACAAAAAUGGCUGGCAUCAUGAGAACUUAUGAUGAGGUUGAAGACAUUGGGAUUCGAAGGGAAUGUGUUCUGAAAGGGCUCAUCACCUUUCUUGGAGAGGAUGCAAAAGACCUUAUUAAGGAAUACUGUGGAAGCAGCGGAGAUGAUGCCCAGAUGGAACUCAAACAACUCACCAUGGCCAUGUUUGUGAUUCGGAAGGAGGGAGAGGGAUUGAAAGAACCCGCAGAAGACAUUGGCAUCGUCAUUGAGGGAGUGGAGGUGUUGCAUGACCUGACUUCAGUUGCCUCAGCUUGAGCAGCACAAGAUGUCUCCCAAAGUUCAAAAUUUGUUUGGAAGACUUCAGACCUCACAGUAAAGACACUGGCAUGUUGUGCAACAGGACAGAUUAUCUUCUGUCUUCUUUGUUUGAACAGAAGAGCACCAUGUUUUGGAAGCUUAACACCUCAAGGAACUGCACUUUGUUAACUUCUUUUGGGACAUUGUUCAUAUUAAAGCCACAAGUAAUACAGAGUUUACUGGAUAACAAUUGUGACUGGUAUUUCUGGAGGAUGUUUAUUGUCAAGUCAAGUGUCAAGUUAAAACAGCAAAUGGUGUAGUUGUGUGAGUGCAAUACCAUCUCCACCCAGCUGGCACGUGGCUCACAGAAAAUCAAGCACCGUCUCUCUCACUCAGGCCUUCAGGAGCCUAUAAGGCAACCCAGCACACCUGUGUUUGGGAUAAUCUCUACAAACAAAGACCUCAUCUUUAAGCUCCUGCAUAAACACCACUGGUUUUCAACCUGCUUGGGUGUCAUGUAUUGGAAAGUACAGUGAUUUAAAGAAAAAAGAGAAAUAAAAUAAAAGGAUGACACUGAGAAGAGUUGGUCCUGGAUUUCUUUGAUGGGACCAAGCCCUUGUCAAGUUUGGGCAGAAGCUAAGGUGAUUUGUAGAGGCCAAAAAACCUGACAAUGAGGUUGUGAUGAACAUUAUCAUUUUGGGAGUAGGUCUUUUUUUGUUUUUUACAUUUCAUAAAGUUACAUGGUUCAUCUCUUUGGUUUUGUGUGGGAAAAAUACAGGUUAAGGGGGAAAAAUUACAGUAGGAAAGUAGUAGGCUACUGCAGUUUGUGGACACUUUCACAGAAUUUUCUGUUUGCAUUUUUUUAUUUGAAUCAACAGAUUUGUGCAGUGUUUUUUGAAGGAGGUUGAAUGGAUCUACAGUUCUUUUCUGGUGUCAGUUAAAUUAAUGGACUUGGUUUAAACUGGGCAGCUUUUACACCACAUCUUUGAAAACUUUUUGCCUAAAUAUUUUUUGGGUAUUGCUCUUGUUUUCAGUGUAAAAAUAGUCACUAGUGUCAUUAUAUUUUAUGUCAAAAACAUGUUCUCAGCAAAUGUUACGGUUUAAGAGUGUGGAUUUUCUUUUUUAGGAGGACUUGUGUUAAAUCUAAAAAACGCAUUUUUUCCCUGAGAAAUACUUCUGGAUUCUACAACCUCACACAGGGCUGUUCAAGUCUUGUCUGGGAGAGCUACCAUUGUGCAACUUUCAGAUGGACCCUAUUUCAAUACCACCUGAAGCUAAUUUCUGAAUUCACACACCAGCAGACAUUCAGCUCAGCAGAGGCAUUGUAAUGAGCAGUUCAUUUGAUUCAGAUGUAUUGGAGAUGGGAUGCAUCUGAAAGUUGCAGGAUGAUUGCUCUCCAGAACUGGACUUGGGCACCUCUGAUCUAGCAGGUCGCUGACCAAAAAGGUUGAAGUAUUCAAAAAUACAACCCCAAUUAAGCAGAAAAGUAAUAUCCCUUAUGAAGUUUCAAAAGAUCUGUGUAGCAUGUUUAAUGCAUAUUUUGUGAAAAACCUGUAAGUUUGUGAUGCUUUCACAAUAAAAUUUAAAAUGUUC